UCAAAUUCGCUAUGAUUAUGUCUCAUAGCUAAUCUCACAGUAAUUGCAGAGACACAUCUGAGGAUUAUCCUUUCAGCACAGACACUAACAGGUCGAUGAUGAAGAAGAACAGAAAUCUAUUGUCUGAGAGAAUCAUAAAUCUGACCCUGGAGAUCAUCUACCUGCUGACUGGAGAGGAUUAUUUAGUUGUCAAGAAACAUGGCGACCAUGAUGGACUUUGCAGCUAUCAUAUGUCUAGAUUCACCAGGACUCAAAGCCCCAGCACGGUGCCUCCACCUCACUCUGUGAUCCAUGAGAGAAACAAUGACCGGAAGAUCCUGGAGCUUACUAAUGAGAUCAUCCAACUGCUGACUGGAGAGGAGUGGGAAUAUGUGGAAGAACAAAAGGAACCUUACAAAACCAUUGUAAUGGAGGAUCUCCAACCCCUCCGCUCUCUUGAUUUGUCAAGGGCCAAGAAAUUGUCUUCCUCUUUGGAAACUCAUAUUUCGUCUCCUUCAUGUCUAAGCCAAAAAAGCAAACAAUAUGAAUAUAAUUUUGAGGCAGAAGGCUCAGUAUUGUAUCAAGCUAGGACAAGAAGCUGUAUGAGAUGUGCUACUGAUUCAUCAGUGAAUAAAGAAGAAAAUCUCACCAACCUUUAUACAGAACAGUCAGAAUAUCCGUCUACUCAUAUCAAAGGAGAAUCUGCUUCACAUGAAGAAGAAAAUCUUCCAGACAAUGGCAGUUAUACACCCCCAGAAGAUAUACAGACUGAUGAUCAGUUGACUAAAAUUAAGGAUGAAUUGGCUUCUUGUGGAGAGGGAAAACCCACAAACACUGCUAUUUAUACACCAACAGGACAAGCAGAAACAGAAUGUCCAUCUACAUAUAUUAAGGAGGAACAUGCCUCAUGUAAAGGAAAUUUCACAUACAAUGAGAUGAAUACACCCAUAGACCAUACACAGACAAAAUAUUUGGCAACACAUAUUAAAGAGGAACCAGACACUUAUGAAGGAGACUAUCUCACAGUCAUUUAUACACCCAGUGAUUACAUAUGUCCAGAUGAUUCAUCUAACCAUGUUAAGGAGGGAUCGUCCUCCUGUGAAGAAGAUAUUGACAUUGAUAAAGAUGCAGGGCAAACACAGACAGACUAUGCAUCAACUCAGGAAGAAGCUAUGGCAUCUGGUAAUGAUUGUACCCCAUAUUGUAUAACUUACACGACAGAGACAUCAUCUUCAUUUUCAGACUCUGAAAAAUGUCCUUCAAAGAAUGCUCAAAUGGUUAAACACAAAAGAACUCCCACAAAGCCAAAACCAUAUACUUGCUCUGAAUGUGGGAAAUGUUUUACGCAGAAGUCAAAUCUUACUACACAUUUUAAAAUUCACACAGGAGAGAAACCAUAUUCCUGUCCUGAAUGUGGAAAAAGUUUUAUCCAGAAGGGUCUUCUCGAAAGACAUCAAAAAACCCACACAGGUGAGAAACCAUAUUCGUGUCCUGAAUGUGGAAAAUGCUUUACACAUAGCCAGUAUCUUGUUCAGCAUCAAAGGAUUCAUUCAGAGGUGAAGCCAUAUUCCUGUUCUGAAUGUGGGAAAUGUUUUAACCAGAAACAAAAUCUUAAUUCACAUCAAAGACUGCAUGCUGGUAAUGCAGAUUCAUUUCCUUGUUCUGAAUGUGGGAAAUGUUUUACGCACAAAUCAAGUCUUACCAAACAUCUUAAAAUUCAUACAGGUGAGAAACCCUUUUCCUGUUCAGUAUGUGGCAAAUGUUUUAGACACAAGUCAAAUCUUACUACACAUUUUACAAUCCACACAGGAGAGAAACCGUAUUCUUGUUCUGAAUGUGGAAAAUGUUUUAGCCAAAAACCACAUCUCGUUCAACAUCAGAGGCUGCACACAGGAGAGACACCAUUUUCUUGUUCAGAGUGUGGGAAAGGUUUCAACCAGAAACCCCAUCUUGUUUACCAUCAGAGACUUCACACAGGAGAGACCCCAUAUUCCUGUUCUGAAUGUGGGAAAGGUUUUCGGAGGAAGGACAAUCUUCUUUACCAUCAGAAAACUCACAAAGGGGAGAAACCAUAUUCCUGUCCUGAAUGUGGGCAGAGUUUCUCCAACAAGCCUGACUUUGAUCACCACCAGAGCAAUCAUGAUGGAGAGUUACCAUCUAUGGAACUUUGAGAAAUUACCAUCAGUCUGAUCUGAUGGAUGAAAUAUUGCACAGCUGAAAUUCUGUAUUCCUGUUCUGAAUGUAGAAAAUGUAGCAAAAAUGCAGAUCUGAGUUAAUUCCCUAUAGAAAAUCCUGCACUCAGAAACAUAAAUAGGAACUUACUGUAGCCAUGCAAAGAUUAGCGGAAGCAAAAGGUUUGUGUGUGUGUGUGUAUGUAUAUAUAUAUUUAAUGUUUUUAUUUUUGUUCCUUUUUAAAUUGAAGGGUUACUCCGAGCACCAGGAUCCCUUCAUUGAUUUGUAGUGGUCCUGGAGCUUGUAUGUGCAGUUUUUCACUUUGAACUGCUUUCCAUACAGAGAUUAAUCUCACUGCCGGAGGUGGCAGUAUCAAAGGGGCAUCAUUAGACACUUGGAGCCAAAGUUCCAGGGGGCUAAUGUUAAAGAAUGUUACAGCUAAAGCAGUUUACCUUGUUGAAGUGAUUUAUGUGUAAAGAGUGUCCUCUUUUUCCAUUUUUAAAUAAGUGAAGAUUUCAAUAG